AUCUAUCUGACGUCCCCAGGUGCGUUUGGUAAGAUGCCUGAAUGCAUGCACGAGGUGCUGUCAAGAAAUCAAUAACUUUACCUCCCUAUUCUCUCGUUUCUGGUCGUGCCGCCAUCGUUGACUUUGAAUUGUUUCCGACACUGAGCAUUCCACCCCACUCUUUCUUCACCUUGAACAACACCCUGCCCACAUUCCUCUCCUUCCCCCGCUUCCCGCGUGGGUGAGGGCUUCAAUCCAUUCCUCGGAGCUUCACACACCACGGUGAUUAUGGGGAAUUCAUCUCCUCCAUUCCUUUACAGCCGUCCAGAAGCCUACCGCUUCAAGGGUCCAACUGACCGGCCCUUCAACCCUAAGGCUGUCACAAAGGCGAGCUGGACUCGACCAGUGCCGAAGCCAAAGCCCGAUGGGCCACUGAUCAAUUUCAACCGACACCCAGACUCCUAUUCCAAUAUCCCCGAUGGAAAAUCGCGCUGGACUCCAAUGGGCCCAAGGACAAGGACAAAGGUAUUCUGGGGGCGAAAGAUACAGCUCGGAUUGCGUGUUCUUGCGCUCCUUGGUGCCCUGGGUUCGUUAUUCUGUGCGAUCGUGAUUAAAAAUGUGCCAUCCAGAAUAAUCUGGAUUGUUCGAGCCGGCCCCUCGGUAGCAAUUCUUCACACAAUUUAUGCCAUUUAUCACCUACGUCGAUCCCCAGUUACUCGGCCUCCGGGCUCACAAGCCAGUUAUAUGAUUUUUGCAGCAAGUCUAGACCUCGGCUUGGUACCGUUCUACGUUUUCGCAGCGUACCUGGGAUACGAACAGUAUACAUCAAGCGCUUACAGCUGGGAAACACUCCUGAGCUCUGAUGUUGAUGUGAUAACUAAGAUUGCACAGUCAACAUUUUACCUCAGCGUGAUUAAUGGAGGCCUUCACUUGGUGUCUCUUGUGAUUUCUGGUUUCUUGUUUAAUAUUUUCCGUCAGAUUACCAAACUUCCCCCAGAUCUGAACCCCCUGGAAGACAACUUAACCGCUCGCCCCCAUAAGCGAACGAAGUCAGAAAUUGCAGAGAAACAUACCAGUAGCUCAACACUGGAUUCAACUACCCCUUCAAUGGCAGAGCCGCUGAUUGGACCCCCUCGUACAGUUCCGUUCAUGCACACUCGAGCACAGUCGUCAGAGGAUAAUUCGGCGCGUUUCUCCACUGACAUUUCUAAUGAGCUCAGAAACUCGCAAACAUCUAUUCCGCAGAUGCCAUUCACUCACCGAGCAGACACCCUUGAGGAUAUGGACUACGACAUACCAAUGCAUGACACCGAUGUUGUCACUCGCCCUACCUCGUCAAUUCCUCGCACCCCGGUGCGAGAGCCAUCUCCUGAACUACCAAGCCGAUCCCAAUGCGUCAGUCCUGCAUCAGAAAAUUGGGUUGCUUACUCGUCUCGAUCCACUACUCCAGUACAAGACGCUCAAAAUGAAGCAUCUCCUGCUCGGGAACCCUCUUCUGUUUACAGUCGAGCUGAAACUCCUGCGUCGACAAAUGGCGUCGUUGACUGGAUGACCCUUGCUCAGCGCUACGAAUGGGAGAUUAGUGAACCUAUAUCUGAAGAUAUUCGUGGCGAGUACGAGUCUCUUGCUAUGCACGAGUUCUAUGGAAACGAUGACGAUGCUCAUAAUGUACGGAAGAGUGGAUUAUACGACCAUGAUGAACAUGAUAUCGGCGAUAACCGUAUCCAAAUAUAUCAUGAUCAUGUCGAUAGUGAUGCCGAGUCAGACACCAAUACCCUUAGGGUUAAUCCCUUGGGACUGAACCCACCAACGCCACAGCCAGUCCUCAACGUUGUUGACGAUACCAAAAAGUCUCCUAACCGUAUGAUUCUGAGCGAUAUUCCUAACCUGUUCCCUACACCAUCACUCAGAGUACCUCCUCUUGACAGCCCUGCUAAAAGUGGCCGCUUUUAUGGUGAUCUCGACGGAAACUCAGGACUCAACGUUACCCGAGCUGUGAGCGGGCCUGAGGAAUCAAAACCAGGACGGAAAAAGAGCAAGUUGAUGAAGCGAAAGAGCCUGAAACAGAACACUUAUGGUGCUCUAAAGCAACAGGAAGACGAGGAUAUCAAGGAGAAAGCCUACGACGCAGUCGAGCCUGUCGAUCCCGCAGUAACAGAGAGAGACCGCACGGGCCGCGUUAUCAGUAACUCGGGAGCGGACUUCAAUCGCCCUGUGAGUUCUGACUCAUCAUUAUCGUACGGAAACUAUAUUGCUGGGCUGGGAGUUGGUCGAAGACGAGACGUGAGUGGGAAAAUGGCGGAGGAAGGUCGCGGUGGUAUCAGCAAGUCCGGGAAUGAUGCUUCUAUUCCUAUUCGGGCUGCUGGCUGGGCGCGGUUCGCUGGGCUAUGAUGUCGAUGUACUCUAGCCUGAAUUUUUGGGAAUAAGCGAAUUUCAACUCGAAAAGAAUAGCUGAAGGGUUAUUUUUUUUUUUCGGGCAAACUUUGCAUAAUGUGAUAUGGAAAUAAUAUGCUUGGAUGAAGGACAAGAUUUUCAUGAGCUUGGAUGGGAUUUCAUUGUGAUACUUACUUAUCAUCUGUACUUAUUGCCGGCGUAGAUUAGGAUAAAUAGUCUAGGAAUCAAUACAAAUGAACACUCUA